UUUUAUUUUUUUUUAUUUUUCAUUUUUAAUUGAUUAAUUAAUUAAUAAGCAAUAAAUUAAAAUAAAUAUAAAAGCAUUGUAUAUGAAAGGAAAUGACGAAACAAACUACCGCGAGAAUAAUUAUAUUGUUUUGCCUAGCAACCAUAAAUUUAUUAAGUAUAAACAUAACAACGAAAGAGACUACCAAGUGAAUGUGUCAAAUGUUAUGUAUAGCUGUAUGUCUGUCAAAAAAUAACUAACCAAUUAAAUGUUGAUCCAUAGUGGUUUUAAUGGUCACUAAAUAUGUUAAUGUUAUUAAAACAUAUUAAUAUAUAUCCUGAAAAAAUAAAUUGUUAGUGUUGGUGUUUUUGUAAAAAAUAAUUAACAGCUGUCAAGGCAGCAAGUCAACAGCCGGUAUUUAUUCAAUUAUUAUUUGAAAUUUUUAAAUCAUCUGAAACUUUAUCUUGUAUAAUUAAAAAUUAAUAAUAUCAAUAAUAUCAAAUAAGUAAGAUGUCAGAAAAAAAAAAUAAUGGUGAAAAAUUAUCCGAGAUAGAUAGUCAUGUUACUAAGCAUUACAAUAUUAUAAAACGACUUGGAAAGGGGGCUUAUGGAAUUGUCUGGAAAGCUGUUGAUAAAAAAUCAAAGGACACAGUAGCUGUGAAAAAAAUAUUUGAUGCUUUUAGAAAUCAAACAGAUGCUCAACGAACAUUUCGUGAAAUAAUGUUUCUUUUAUCUUUUUCAAAUCAUGAAAAUAUUAUUCAAUUGAUUGGACUUGAAAAAGCUAACAAUGAUCGUGAUAUUUACCUAGUUUUUGAAUUCAUGGAGACUGAUUUACACAAUGUUAUCAAAAGAGGUAAUAUUUUGAAAGAUAUUCACAAAGUAUUUAUCAUGUAUCAACUAUUUAAAGCUACCAAAUAUAUUCACUCGGGUAAUGUUAUCCACAGAGAUUUAAAACCCUCAAAUAUUCUUCUUAAUGCUCAAUGCCAUUGUAAAAUAGCAGACUUUGGGCUGGCUAGAUCAGUCACGCAAAUCGGUGAAGGAGACGGAGAAACUGGUAGUGAUCCUACUUUAACGGAUUAUGUUGCAACAAGAUGGUAUCGAGCACCAGAAAUAUUGAUAGCAUCGAAAAAAUAUACAAAGGGAAUAGAUAUGUGGUCUUUGGGUUGUAUUCUCGGUGAAAUGUUACUUGAAAAGCCUCUUUUUCCCGGCUCUUCAACAAUUAAUCAAGUUGAAAAAAUAAUGGCAACUUUACCACCCCCUACACCAGAAGAUAUUAUUUCUGUAAGCGCUGGAUAUGGAUCAAAUUUAUUGGAAAAAGUUCCUAAUACAUCACGACGUACGUUACAGCAAUUAUUUAUUGAUGUACCAACAAAAGCGCUAGAUUUAAUUGAAAAACUUAUUGUAUUUAAUCCAAAUAAUCGAUUAACUGCCGUUGAAGCGCUUGAACAUCCAUACGUUGCUGAUUUUCAUCAUCGAGCUAAUGAACCUGAGCGAGGUGCUAAUGUUAUACCUCCAUUGCGUGAUGACGUUCAAUUGAGGGUUGAAGAUUAUCGAAAUAAACUCUAUGCUAUGAUGGAUGAAAAACAUCGAAAACAUAAAAAUAUGAUAAAACAAAACUUUUUAACAAAGUGUAAACCUAAAGUCAGACGGAUUUCGGAGCAUAUUCGGAAAGAUACAGGACAAGGUGACGCUGUUGCUAAAAAAAAUCUUCAAUUUUCGAAUAAUGAUGUACGAAAAGAGAGAGAAUUUAAUGAAUCUUUUAAACAAUCCCACAAUUUUGAAAGUAAAAAUAUAUCUCAGUACGCUCAUAAUUUAAUAAAUGGAAAUUUAAAUGGUAAUGUACCCCCUAAUCAAACUAAAAGUUGUCAAUGUUUUCAUCAUCAUCAUCAUCAUCAUCAUCAUCAACAGCAACAACAACAACAACAACAACAAUCAUCUGUAAAAUCUCAACCUUCUGUGCAAUCGGAUCAAAUGACAGUAUCUGCUGGAGUUAACAAUAAAUUAAAUACAACAAUAUCUAUAAAUCAGCCGAAAAAAUUAUUACGUCGUAGUGUAAAAUACAAUGGAUUUAUUGAUAACAAUAAUUACAAAAAUAACAACAACAAAUAUUUGGAAAUAACAAAUGGUAACGUUAAAACAAAAUAUUCAUUGAUUAAACGAGAAAAUAAUAAUGAGGAUAGUCCGUCAGUAUUAAAUAGUUAUCAUUUUGUUAAUAAUUAUCUUGUUGGAACAACAAACAAUAUAACUAAACAUUUUGCAAUGGCAAAUGGAGAAAAUGGAUCUAAUGUAAUCGAUAGAAAUUCAUCUCAAAGUCAAGUAAUACAAAAUUACUUGAAUCAAACAAUACCUUUUAGAGGAGCAGCAGCAGCAGCAGCAGCAGCAACAACAACAAAAAGUGCAAUAAACAAUCGGUGUAAAAAUAAUACUACUGUUAAUCAAGUAAUAAGUGGAUAUAAAUUAACGCGCAGUCAAAUUUUAAAAAAUAAUCAUCUUAAACAUGGAAUUGUUAUUCAAAAACAAUCUAAUAUCAAAAAUUUACGUUACAAUAAUAUAAACAACUACAAUCAAAAUCACGGUGUUAUUACAGCUUCUGCGUACAGUGAUUUAUGUAACCAAUCUGCUGUUGGAUGAAAAAUAGGUUAAAACUGUCAUAAGUGAUAAUAAUUUAUAAAAAUUAAUGAGUUUAUAAAAUGGU